AUGUCUUCCUUCAACGUCGUUGUCUUUGGUGGUGACCACUGUGGUCCCGAGGUUACUGCCGAGGCUAUCAAGAUCCUCCGUGUCAUUGAGAAGAACCGUGAUGUCGCCUUCAAACUGCAGGAUCACCUGCUCGGUGGUGCUUCCAUCGAUGCCACUGGCUCCCCCUUGACUGACGAGGCUCUCACCGCUGCUAAGAACGCCGAUGCCGUUCUCCUCGGUGCCAUUGGCGGUCCCAAAUGGGGCACUGGCGCCGUCCGUCCAGAGCAAGGAAUCCUCAAGCUCCGCAAGGAAAUGGGCACAUUCGGCAACCUGCGCCCCUGCAACUUCGCCGCACCAUCUCUGGUCGACAGCUCCCCACUCAAGGCUGAAGUCUGCCGCGGCGUCGACUUCAACAUCAUUCGCGAAUUGACCGGUGGUAUCUACUUCGGCGAGCGCAAGGAGGACGACGGCAGCGGCUACGCAAUGGACACAGAGCCCUACUCGCGCCACGAGAUCGAGCGCAUCACCCGUCUGGCCGCCAACCUCGCUCUGCAGCACAACCCCCCUCUGCCCGUCUGGUCUCUGGAUAAGGCUAACGUCCUUGCUACUUCCCGUCUGUGGCGUAAGGUCGUUACUGAGAUUAUGGCCAAGGAGUUCCCUCAGGUCUCUAUUGGUCAUCAUCUUAUUGACUCUGCUGCUAUGCUUAUGGUUAAGGAUCCCCGUAAGCUUAAUGGUAUUGUUGUUACUAGUAACUUGUUCGGUGAUAUCAUUUCCGAUGAGGCUAGUGUUAUUCCUGGUUCGCUUGGUUUGUUGCCUUCUGCUAGUUUGAGUGGUGUUCCUGAUGGCAAGGCUCGUGUUAACGGCAUCUAUGAGCCUAUUCACGGCUCCGCUCCCGAUAUCGCCGGCAAGGGUAUUGUCAACCCCGUCGCUGCUAUCCUCUCCGUCGCCAUGAUGAUGCAAUAUUCCUUCAACAUGAUCGAUGAGGCUCGCAUCAUCGAAAAGGCCGUCAGCAACGUUAUCGAGGCUGGUGUUCGCACUGGCGACAUCGGCGGCAAGGCCAAGACCACUGAGGUUGGUGACGCCGUCGCUGCCGAGCUGGAGAAGCUGCUCAAGUAA